CACGACUUGCAAACUUGUGACGGGUUUUCUUCAACUGAUGAAUGCAUCGGAGACAUCUCUCAAAUAUCGGCGACAAACAGCGUAACUUCCGGUGUGACAGUGCAGACAACGACAUCCGGGUCAUAUUCAGAUUGCUCUCACUGCGACUGUGUAUCUGGCCACACAUCGGUGAGUGGAGUUUAUGAAAUCACCAGUCCAGUAACAAACAACCCCAUGCUAGUGGAAUGUGUAAUGAAGGAUGGAUACGGAUAUACGGUAAUCCUCCAGCGACACGACGGUUCCGUGGACUUCAACCGGACGUUUGCCGAGUAUCAGGACGGGUUUGGGUCGCCAUUCACAGAAAUGUGGCUAGGAAAUCGUUAUUUUAAUUAUUUGACCUCGUCUUGGAGUUCCCGUCUGUUCAUUGAGUUGAAGUACAGUGACGCAAGCUUCCGGUAUGUUGAUUAUUCUGACGUCAUCAUAUCCAGUGCCUCCAGCCAGUAUACACUCAGUCAUGUCGACUCCAUGACGGGAAACGCAAGUGACAUAUUACGUUAUUAUAAGAACCAUACUUUCGGAACCCACGAUCUGGACUCCAGUGGUUGCGGAUGUCCUAUGUUGAAGUACGGAGGGUGGUGGGACAGUUGUUGUUCCGAUACAUGUGGUCUGACCAUGCCUUAUAACGACCCCAACUAUCCAUUUGGAUGGAACUGUACCGCGGAAACAACCAUCAAACUAACAAGUGUGAAAAUGAUGACUACAAGGUGA